CGCACUCGCAGCUCCCAGGUGCCACUGCCUGCCUGAGUCACGUGUCGGGGGGGAAGCGGGAAGGCGUCGUCCUCCUUUCCUAGCCCCCCCAUCCGCCAUGUUUUCAGGCCGGGUCUGGCUCGGUCUUCCCCCGUAAGGAAAUGGCCGGGGAGCUCCAGGGAACCCAGGCGCCGUUGCUUCGGCGGAGCCUGGGCUAACGAGGCAGGGCAACGGGAAAACCCGAGCACUUCUGCGCGGGGAGGGAGGCCAUGGCGUCCAGCAGUAACUGGCUGUCCGGGGUGAAUGUCGUGCUGGUGAUGGCCUACGGGAGCCUGGUAUUUGUACUACUGUUUAUUUUUGUGAAGAGGCAAAUCAUGCGCUUUGCAAUGAAAUCUAGAAGGGGACCCCAUGUCCCUGUGGGACACAAUGCCCCCAAGGACUUGAAAGAGGAGAUUGAUAUUCGACUAUCCAGGGUUCAGGAUAUCAAGUAUGAACCUCAGCUCCUUGCAGAUGAUGAUGCAAGACUGCUACAACUGGAAACUCAGGGAAGUCAAAGUUGCUACAACUAUCUGUAUAGGAUGAAAGCUCUGGAUGCUAUCCGUGCUUCUGAGAUCCCAUUUCAUGCUGAAGGCAGACACCCCUGUUCCUUAAUGGGCAAGAAUUUCCGCUCCUACUUGCUAGAUCUUCGAAACACUAGUACUCCUUUCAAGGGUGUGCGGAAGGCCCUUAUCGAUACCCUGCUGGAUGGCUACGAGACAGCCCGCUAUGGGACAGGGGUGUUUGGCCAGAGUGAGUACCUGCGCUAUCAAGAGGCCCUGAGUGAGCUGGCCACUAUUGUCAAAGCACGAGUUGGGAGCUCUCAGCGACAGCACCAGUCAGCAGCCAAAGACCUAACUCAGUCCCCUGAAGUCUCCCCAACUACUAUCCAGGUGACAUACCUUCCCUCCAGUCAGAAGAGUAAACGUGCCAAGCAUUUCCUGGAAUUGAAGAGCUUUAAGGAUAACUAUAACACAUUGGAGAGCACUCUGUGAUGGAGCUGAAGGACUCUCACUGCAGACUGAGCCAGACAUCUGUGGUGUCUACUGGGCAGCCCUCAGGAAAUCUGGCUCAGCAGGCCCAGGCUGUUUUAGCCAAAGCUCCUGCUGUGUCCAGGUUUCUUAGAGCUUAUGUCUGAAAGGUCAUUCCCCAACUUUUUCCUUACAGGCAUUUUCAGAAUAUCAGCUAAGAUUUUAUUUUCCCCUCAGUAGAAUUUUUUUUUCUUCUGUGUUUGAAUUCAGAUGUCAUUCUUAUUUCUGUCACAAGUUUUCUUAAAA